AUGCAGGUUUGGGAUCAACUGAAGCAUCUGAGAGAAGACAGGGACAAGUUGAAGGAGGCCGCCGAGAAUGCGCUUCAGGAUGGAGACGAGGGAGGCUUCGAGUUCCAGAACAUGCUGGCAGCGGAGAUCACAGAGAAAAUUGACGAACUCGAGGGCAAAUACGGCACUCAGCCACCCCUGCCGGGUGCCAGGAACGAGCCGUCGGAGGCUGGGGGGCUCCCGCUGCCACCCCCACCGCCGGCGUUACUGGGUCUACAAACCCUAAACUCUAAACCCAUCCUCAUUCUCAAGCCCACCCUGGGAGGCGUGGCUGGCCUGCCCCCGGGCCUUGCUGCCAGCAUCCCAGCCGGAGUUGCUGCCAACCUCCCUCCAGGCCUUGCGGCCAGCAUUCCCCCGGGCGUCGCAAGCGCGCUGGGCAAGAUGCCGCCAGUGCCAGGGGCACCGCCUCUUCCAGGUUCCCGGGAAAGUGACUACCCGGUCAUGUUGUCUGAGAUUCUAGAGGUUGGGCUAAUCAGCCCGAAUUGCUUGCCGUCCCAGUGGCCCGAGUCUGUAUGGAACCUGCGGGGAGGUGGCAAUUUCACCCAAAGGCAGCGCGAAGCAAUGGCGUAUGCCUUCUCUUGGUGUGCCACUGUUUCUUUACUGUUGACCCGCGAAAUCGGGUACGAUGCCACCAAGGCAAGAGACACAGCACUCGAGCCAGAGGUCAUCGAGCUGGUACACUACUUCAAAAUUUCGGACAGACAUGCCCGCAUGCUGAAUGAACAGCUCAAGCGCCGAAACAACACCUACGAGGAUGAUAUUGCAUCCCUCUACGAGAUCUUGAAGGGAGACCUGCUGAUGGCCAAAACCUCAGAGGGCACUGCAAAGAUGCUGCGCAGACAGUCCCGUAAAGUCUCCAUACGCUGGAUGGAGAAGGGUGUCUUCAGGGGCACGCUGACGCCCAACCCCGCCGUGGAGAAGGCAGCCAAGAAGUACAAGCUGGAUGCCCCUUCAGCCUGCAAGCUUGCGGAAGUGCUGGAAAGCCGGGAAGAUCCAGACGCAGAUCUCAGGAAGCUCUGUGACCACCUGGCAGCUUCCAACAAGCCGUCAUCCUUGGUCAUGCAGAUGCUGAGGGACAUCAAGGCUGGGAAGCCCGUGGAGCCAUGCACUCGGGCACCGGCCAUCGGAUCUUACCUCCACAAGAAGGAGACUGCAACCAAGCAGAGCUCCAAGGGUGGAAGAAGCAGGACGCCCACUCGGCGCAGUCCCAGCCGUGGGGGGAGGCACCGAAGCCGAGACCGUGGUGAUCGUGGUGGGCCCCGAGGCGGCCGGAGCAGCUUUGCGGCCAGGAGUUUUUUCAGAUGA